AUGGAGAACUUCGUGGCCCCCUCCGCCCGAGUUCCCCGCAAGGGGCACCGACGCUCGGCUAGUGCGACGGCGCCUAUACCGCAGUCCUUGGGCCUGGAGCUUCAGCUACGCUACGACGCCCAGGCAAGGGCUGCGGAAAUCGUCGACCAGUGGAUCGCAAAGCAUGCCGCGGCCACCCAGUGCCAAUCCGGCACGACCGACACUGCCGCCGACGCUCCGGCUCCUUCUGGAGAGGUCGGAGACGAUCUCCCUGCGGCUACACAAUCUCCCGCGGCACUGCAGCCCUCGGAUACCGUGGAGCCAACCAUGGUAGAGCUCCCCGUGACCUCCGAUGGGGAGGAAAUGGAUGAGACAACCACCCGGAAGCGCGGCCGAGACAGCGAGGAUGAGGAGGAACUUCCCAAGCAGUCAAGGGGCCCCGGCGCCCACUCUGACUCAAAGCGGAAGCCUCUGACACCUCCUUCCACCCCUGCUGCUACCGAACCAGUCCCGGCCGCGGCUACCAGUACAGAGGGGCGUGCAGACACAACCGCCGCUGCAGAAAAGACCUCUCCAUUUGCUGCUCCUGGCAAGCCAGCCACCACCACCCCUGGAGUUGCUGCUUCUCAGAAGACGGCAGACUCACACCAGCCUGAGCCGCGCCGAAAGGCGCCGCCACAGACCGCCGCUGACUUCCUGAAAAGGAACCAGCGGCCAGCCACUAAUGUGGCUACUAAAAAGCAGCUGAAGAAAACGGCCAAGGGCAAGCAAUCCCAACUGGCUGGCGCCCCCCAGGCCCGUUCCAGCUCGUCACAGGGCGCCCCAGCGGCGACUCCAGCAACCCCCCCACAGCAGGCUGGCCCCAGACAGCGGACCCCUGAAGCCUCGACCAACCUGGCGGGAGCCAGUGAACCUGCAGGCAGCACCCCAGAGGUUCCUGACGACUUCCGUCUGGUGAUGUCCCGCGCUGCCCGCCGCCGCAACAAAGCCACCGUGGCCCUGCCUGCAGAUCCCGCCGUGGCAGGUACGGUCCUGUUCCGACGCUGCAGCCUGCCCUGUCGCUGCAGCCUGCCCGCGUACCGCACGAGGAGCACAGGGUUUGUCUACGGAGUUGAUGGAAGCCACAGCGAUGCCUAG